UCACACGGUAAGCGAUCUCUGCUAGAAGACCAAAAAGUAAGCUGGAAGCUAGAAGCAUCGAACGUUAUAACCAUCUCUGCAAAACCCACUGUUUUUGGUCAGAGAUCGAAGCUUCUGCAUAGGAAAAUGGCGACCUAUCUAUGGAGGAAAUACGCAGACUAUGUGCACACAAAAUGGGAGAGAAUGAUUCUAUGGAACAUGGUUGAGCCGUAUAUGAGACCCAAGUCGUUUAAGCCUUUGGUCACAAUCUAUAUUGCCGGCUUUUACACUGGUCUUAUCGGCUCUGCUAUCACCGAGCAGCUUUACAAGGAGAAGUAUUGGGAGGAUCAUCCGGGGGAAGCAGUGCCUCUGAUGAAGCCAAAGUUCUAUUCUGGACCUUGGAGAGUAAUGAGGGGAGAGGUUCCAACCAGUCAGUGAAAGCCAUAGCAAAGAGUUGUUCGGGAUUUUCUUUUAAGAUUUUUCUACCCGUUUAUGAUAUAUCUCCUCUGUACAAAUAUUAAAAGCUUCGACAGCAUUUUGUAACCUAUCGUUGAAACAAUUGGAUAGGAAAAUCUUUCUACCAUUAACAGAAAAUUGCUUUUCUUCC